AAGGAGCAGCGAACUGAUUUGCCAUUGCUGAUACUUGAGUGGAAAAAAACCCAGUACUACAUGCGUGUGUAAAGCAGCUGAAUGAAUGUGUGUGUCUGUGUGUUCCCCUGCAGUGGAUACAGAGGGAAGGAAGUUGAAGGGAGGCAUCCAGAGGAGCACGGAGACGGGUCUGGCUGUGGAGAUGCCGAGCCGGACCGUCCGACAGGCCAGCCACGAGUCCAUAGAGGACAGCAUGAACAGCUACGGCUCCGAGGGAAACCUGAACUACAGUGGCAUGUGUUUGGCGUCGGAUGCACAGUUCAGCGACUUCCUGGAUGGGAUGGGACCGGCUCAGUUUGUUGGUCGACAGACGCUGGCAACAACAUCCAUGGGUGACAUAGAGAUCGGUCUGCUGGAGAGGAACGGAGGUCUGGAGGUGGAGGUCAUCCAGGCCAGAGGACUCACCAUGAAACCAGGUUCAAAGGGACCUCCAGCGGCCUACAUCAAGGUUUACCUCCUGGAGAACGGGAAUUGUGUGGCCAAGAAGAAGACCAAGUCAGUGCGGAAGUCUCUGGACCCUCUCUACAACCAGGCCCUGGUCUUCUCCGAGAGCCCACAGGGGAAAGUGGUGCAGGUGAUCGUUUGGGGCAACUAUGGACGUAUGGACCGCAAAUGCUUCAUGGGCGUUGCUCGAAUCCUAUUGGAGGAGCUGGACCUCAGCACGAUGGUGAUUGGCUGGUACAAGCUCUUCCCUACGUCCUCCAUGGUGGACCCAACGAUGGCGCCCCUCAUUCGCCACUCCUCCCAGAUGUCCCUAGAGAGCACCAUUGGGCCCUGCUGUGAGCGAUCCUAAGACUAAAGGAAAUGAUCAAGCUUUGUUGUUGCGGCUCUGUUGCGACCGAAUCCUAAGACACUUUUUCAAAUAGCAUGUAGCCCUGCACCUGGGUCAGCCAGGUGGUACUGCCGCUGGAGCUGAUAGGUGUAAAGUAUCUUAUUAAGAGCACUUUCACAGGUCCAACCACACAUGGGAUGGACCCAUCCCCUGAUAUGGAACUGACUACUAACUAACACUCAUUGGUAGUGUAAUUCUCUUGAUAUGGUAUCAGGGUUUCCUGGGACUCACAGGAAGCACAUCUCUCUGUGGUUGCAACCGACAGCCUCUCAGACUCACAGGAAAAUGUCUAUGACGAGAAAACAAAACCCUUCUUAAUGAGGAUACUUCAAAGGAGGGCUCGGUAUGCCGACAUCGAUCACAUCCUAUUGGGACCACAAUGCACUGCAGGCUCAGCUUUGCUUCAGCUACGCGCCUUCACAGCCUACAAUGGGUUCUUAAUCCCAGGACUGCUUGUUGUCUUUCUGCUUCUCUGCUAAGGAGCUGGCUAUAUGUCCAUCCACGAGUCUGAGAGGAAGUGAGACGGCCCUCAGACUGAUGGAGACACCAGCCGCUCAUUUUGCUCGAGAAUCGAGGGGAAUGGAUCAGGACUACAAAGAACUUUAAAAAAGUAUAAUAUAUAUAGCUUUAUAGCUAUAGAUAACUUAUUUGUUGUAACCAACCAAGAUGUCUUGGUUUCAAACACUCAAGUUGAGCUGUUUUUUGUUUAUUGUGUCACACAUCUGGCCCUUCAAUGUUCACUUCAUUCAGUAUAUGUGUUUGUGAAUGGUGGAAUCUUCUGGAAGGAUCUUGGGGAUCCAGAGUACUGCUGAGUUUCUUUCUUUACCAGUUAGUAAGGACUUCAGAUAAAUACAUUGACCUUUAGUGCCAGGUCUAAAUUGGUCCCUGAGUGGAUAUACAUGUUUUUAAACAACAUUAGCACGUUCUAAGUUCUCAAAGAUCAUGAUGCCUGUACAUUUUCGUUACAAUCAAUCGCAACAUUUGCUGAUUUUACUGAUUAUUUUGCCAUCUCUUGUUGAAGGUGCUUUUUAGAUAAAUCAGCCAGUGUUGUGUUUGGUAGGAAUGAGAACAGCAGCUUUGUAGGUUUUGAGAAAUAUUGAUUGACAAACCCAUUUUACUUGGUUAUUUCUUGAAUCUGAAUGAUUGCUUGCUUCUACAAAUGUCCAGCUUAUCACAAACAGUUUGAUAUCCGAACUCACAGAGGAUAUCGUAAAAUAAUUGGUUUCUUGUCACCAGAAGCCUUCUUAGUGCAUUGCCAUUCCUCAAAGCAGAUACAAUGGCAGAUACAUAUGCAUGCAACACAUUGUAUUUGAAGAUGCAAGUGACUUUUACGUCCAAAUGCAAUGUGGUUGAUCCUUAUCUGGAAACAACUGGCAUGAAACAGUCAAAUGGGUCUGACAUGUUGAGGGUGCUUUGUCCUCAUUAUGUUCUAAUAUGUUCUUUGUUGUUCUUAAUGUUCACAUCCACCUGGUAGUGCAGGACACAUCAGAGCAGGGGGAGGUAUUGUCCCUCUGUGGCUGAAAAGGUGUUGUAUAUCGCAGUUUAAAUGUAGUUUGGAAUACUCUUAAGAUAAAGUCUACAAGUAGAUUUGAAGAUUCCUCCUCUCUUUUUUUAAUUUAUUUUUUUAGCUUUGGCUAAUAACAGUUUCUACUGUGCCAAUUUCCACCAGCAAGUGUCUUCUCCUUCCUCUUCCUCAAUUACCUUGCAGCAUGUGCUAUUGUGAGGGAGGAACAGAAACAAGCCCUCACAAGAUCUGACAGCAGUGUUCAGGCUGCACAGAGAAGCAUCCCUUCUAUUCUAAAUUACAGGCCUAAUCCACUAGGCAACUGGUGAUUAGCCAUGCAAUGACUCAGUGUGGAGAGAGGAGGAGAGAGGAGGAGAGGGGAGGAAAGGGAAAGAGAGAGGAAGGAAGCAUGAAAUGUACUUUGCAUCAUCCAAACAAAAGAUCUGCCUGGACUCACGUCAGGUUCUACAGAUUUUUUUAAAAGGACACAAACAUAGGAUGAAUUUAAAGGGAACACAAUGUGCACACUGUAGAGAAAAAUAACAAAAGUAUAUGUAUUUCUUUUGGGCACUUUAUGAUUCCUAAUGUCUUUUUUAUGUGUAAAUAUUAUGGUUGUUAGUGUCUUUUGGAGUGAGCCAAAGUGUAUCUAUAAUAACUUAGUUAAUAAUGUUAAAUCUUUGAGGGAGUGAAGGGACAUCUUGCUAGUUACCGUAAGAUUGUAGCAUUAGCUGGUAGCAUCCGCAUGACUGAUUAAAACUAAUAAAUAAUUAGCAGACUACUUGAUAAGAUUAAGCAUGAGCUACACGCCACACAGAAAGAGGUGAAACGAAAUACAGCAUAGGUUGAGAACCAACAUGAAUUGAGGAAUACAUUUAUAUGUAGCAAUUUAUUUCAGAUUAAAAGUUUACUACAUUUCCUUUUGGGCUUUUUACUGAUGCUGUAUAAUUACUAAAAGAAAAAAGGUUUGUUUUCUUUUUACUUGGAAGCAAACAUUCUGAACAAAAUUGAAUUAGUCUAAUGCUUAUCAACACACGUUUGAAAUAUAACACACCAUUUUGAGUAAUUCUACGUAAAUGUUUGCAAGUCAACAACAUUUUAACUAAACAAUACAAUUUGGAGUAAUUUGACUUUUUUUGUGCAAAAGUGGCCUCAUGUUGCCAGUAGCAGUGUUGCAGGGAUAUUAAUACUGUAUUCAUUUUCAAACAAAUCAGCUACAUUCUGUAAAGCAAUAAUCAAAAACAUCCAGUCAUUGCCAUGUUCUAGUUGCACAGUGUUCAUUGCAGUCAAACGUUUGACAAUGUAGGUUAUCUUGUUAUCUUGUUGCAUUCUGUGUGAUGUAUAUAUCAGGACUUUUGUGAUUCCAAAAACUGUUAUCGCUAAAGUCAUUUCUUCCUGCUGUUCAAAGCUUUAAGGAGCCAGGAUUUUUAUGAUUUUAAAACCUUGAAAAUAGCUUGAAGAAUCUGAAGGCAGAAAGAAAAAAUCACUUGUGAAGAUGUGUCAUUUGAACCAUUCAAGUGUUCUCACUAUUACACCAGGAGUUUCAUGUGGUCUCUAAGUAACCUCUUUGAAAAUGAGAAAUAAUUUAAUUAUAAAAUAUUUUCUUCAUAGAUUUCUUUAGAUGGAAUCCUAAUUAUUCCAAUGAAAGUUGCUGUAUCACUAAAAUGUCUGUUGAGAUGUCUCUGGCUUCCACCAAUUGGGUCCCAUACUCAUUUACAGAUAGACUUUGUUAGACCUUCCAAAUGUUUCCCAGAGGCUUUUUUUUCUGAAUGUUUUUGCAUAAAAUCAACAUGAAAAGCAAUCUAAGUAGAAGUCCAAACAUUUCUUUAAAAAUGUUACCUGAGUUAAAUGUCUCUUUAUUUGUAUCCUUUAAGUACAACAGUUCUACUUACAAGAAAGGAAGAGCACUAUUUGUGUCUUUUUCUUUGAGAGUGACAUUGUGUACAUUCCUAGACAUACAUAUCAUAACAUGUCCUCUCUUGGGGAAGAGGUGGAGGAAGAGUGGGAGGAUGAAAGGGUGGAAGCAGAUUCUCUGUUAGGAAAUGGUGGCUACUGGAUCCCAAAAGCAAUCCACCUCCUCCAGUCUGCUCCCGAACGUUCCCGCUCAGAGGCCGUCCCCAACCCAACCCACACGCCAUCUGGUACUCUCUCAUUCAAAGUGUCCCACAUUACCUCCAGUGAAUACAUUUUCAGGUUGAGCGACACCGGUGUGACUUGAAGUGACAUGGGGUUUUGUAACUUCUGUUUCUCAACACCAUUCCGGGUUAAAUGGCCUCUCACAUAUGCGUUGCUGGUCAUUAUAGUGUCAACUCAAUUAGUCUUCAUCCCCAAAUCUUCAAAAACAAAUCUUCCUUUUCUGUGUUGAUGAUCAUUUUAUCUACAGCAUUCACAGCCUUAACUUCUAUAAGCCAUCCGAAAGGCUCCUAAAAUACUAAAAAGGUGAUGUUUGGUUCUGGGAUACUAGAUGAGAAAGUUCCUGACAGGCCUUCUCAUGCUGUCAGGAACGUGUGAAAUGAGCAACCUUUGGAGGCAAUGCUGAUGGAAAACCAAUGUUACAAGGGAAGCUUUUUCCAACAACAUCUUUGUUAAUUAUGACCAUUUCUUUGGUUUAACACAUUGAUCCAUCGUGUAACUUUAUCGGAGCAAAUUAUAACUCAUUGACUUAUUUACAAAGCCAUUUAAGGAUUGCAAAAUCCCAUUUACAAGUAUAAUGUAAUGUUUUUUAAUUGUUAAAUACCAAUCGUCACAUCGCUAGAUGAACCUCAAAAUAUGCUAGCAUAAGCUAAUCUUAGCAAAGCGUUAAGCAGCAAAUGCUCAUCUGCGUUGCUUUCCAUUUGUUGCUCAUGUAUUACUGCCUUGAGGACCUGAGUGUUAUUGAAAGAGACCAAGUGGUGUAACUUUUUUCAUUUCACCGCACUGUCAUUUAAAACACUCGUAAAAAGUGUAUUUGCAGAUUCUUUGGCAAACUGUUAUAGUGUUGAGUAAAUGCACAAUUUGUGUAUUGUUAUUCUAUUCCAACUGUCAAUAAAAUAGUUUAACUCCA